AUGUCGAUUGCAGCAGCAGCAGAACAUUCCGCGAUACAACAGGUCCAGAAGCGAAAUAUCGAAGACAUCUUGACCUGGCGGCGAUUCUGGUUGCAGAAGGGUUCAGUUGAGAAUUAUGCCGUGUCUUCACUCCACGAAGAAGGUGUGCCAAAGACUACUCCAACACGACGUAUCCUGGACACUAGUGAGUAG